UUUCUUUCGUUGUUGAUUACUUUUGCCUGUGCUAUUAGAGGCCUUGUCUCUGCUUGAACUCCAGUGUGUUCCAGAACGGUUUUCUAGCGAGAUUUACAUCCACGUUACUGUAAAAAACAAUGGCAGACGAAGAACUGGAAGCGAUAAGGCGGCAAAGAAUGGCGGAACUACAGGCAAAGCAGGGGGAUGCUUCAAAUAACCAACAAGGAGAGGAAGCCAAACAAAGAGAAACAGAAAUGAGGAACUCAAUAUUGGCACAAGUCCUAGACCAGUCAGCACGUGCAAGGUUGAGCAAUCUUGCAUUAGUGAAACCAGACAAGGCCAAAGCAGUUGAAAACUAUCUUAUUCAGAUGGCUCGUUUUGGACAGUUGGGAGGAAAGAUUUCAGAGUCGGGCUUAAUCGAGAUCCUAGAAAAAGUCAGUCAUCAAACGGAGAAGAAGACCACUGUUACAUUCAACAGACGGAGGGUGAUGGAUUCAGAUGAUGAAGAUGAUUUCUAACUUCAAACAGAAACCCUGGAAUGAGCCAAAAGUUCAGGUUUUGCGUGCUGGACUCUGACUUGCGUUUUCUUAUGAAAUUCCUGGGAUGCCACAUUAACUUCUACAUCAUGUUUGGAAUGAACACACCAAGACAGAAGAACAAGGACAUUUGCUUAAUAUGUUGGUGUCUGGUGGUUUUUAGAAAGCACACAGUGUACAAGAAGGUUUGCAAUUUGGAUUUUUUUUUCUUCAAGCUACUGCAGAUCUUUGCGACUUGUGUUGUACCAAUGAUAACUGCUGACACUGUGUGACUCCUCCAGUCCUUUCAUGUUACUUUCCUUUUGUCAAUACGGUUGUAGUUAGUUUUUCAAACAUGAAAAAUGUAACACAAAAUGCAAAACAUACUGCUGCAGAUUAAUUUUAUCUAGAAUAUUCUGCAAAUUCAACCCGUGUUUUUUUACAGAGCCAUUGCAACAGUAGCACUCAUUAAGUUCUUAGUAAUGUUCUUGUUGCUGACAUAUAUUUGCAAAGUUUACAUAAAAAUUUAAAUAAAAAGCCUUAAACUCAAAA